AUGUAAUUGUGAAACAGCUGAUCUGAGCGUGAGAAGUGGAAACAUGUUUAGUUUAACUUUGCGUCAUUCCGUCAAAGUUAGCGCACAAAAGGUGAAUCAACUGCUGUGCACCAGCGGCACAUACGUCUAUAGAAAUAGCCGAGCAACGAUGUCACAGGAGCCACAAUAUCCGCCGAUAGAGACGGCGAUGAGAAAAGCGCUAACAACUCAGCUAAAACCCAUUUUCCUCGAUGUCAGCAACGAGUCGCCGAUGCACAAUACACCCAAACAGGCCGAGUCCCAUUUCCGGGUGCUUGUCGUCUCCGAGAAGUUCAACGAUCUGACGCUGAUCAAGCGCCAUCGACUGGUCAAUGACACCAUAAAGAAUGCAUUGCAGGAAGCAGGAUUCGAGUUUAUGCACGCUCUCUCCAUUGAGGCGAAGACGCCUAAGCAAUGGCAACCGGAGCAGGAGCCGGAGAAGAGUCCACCCUGCUUGGGUGGCUUUGGCAAGUGAUGAAAUGCUGGUGCUGAAGAUGGAUAAGUCAACUUUAUGUAAAAAAAUUGAAAGGGAAAACAAAAAUUAUAUACAAAGAUUAA